AUGUCAAGCACACCCAGUUUCCUCGCUACACCAAGGGAGUCCCAGUUGGUUUUCAUCAGAGACAGCCUGGAGCUGAUUUCUGAUCUCUAUGACAACUUCACCUCCAGUACCUGGGAUGCCGUCAAGACCGAACACUUCCUGAUAAUCAUCCACAGCCAGACGCACGGACUUAACAGCUGUGUGUCAACUAAGAAGCGAGCGGACAACAGACUGAGAAGAUACUACAAGAGACUGGCCAGAUGCACUCUGGACCGCACCGGGCGAAGUGCUGCAUCCUGGGAGCUGAUCAGGAAGGAAACUAAACUGCACCUGGAUCAGUUGCACAUGCUGGUGGCCUCCAUCAGAGUUUGA